ACCUGAUUAGUUUCUUUCCGUCGCUUUUGACCCGUUAUGCGCGUUUCCCGAAAGAAAACCGCAUCUGAUCGUUAACUGACCAGUUCUUUUAAGGCCUGCUUCUAGCCUGUGCACACGCUUACUACACGACCUGUCACUUAUAAUGUGACCCGUUUCUGCAAAUUUUGUUGUGAGUCUGGCGGAGUCACGGAAGUGGUUUUGAACCAUUUUGGUGACGUGCAGGAGCCAUGGACCACAGCGCGGAACAGAGUGAGCUUGACAGUCUCGAAUUGAAUGGUUCGUCCGCUGCCUCGUCCUUGACUCCUCCAGCCAAGAAGGCCAAGACAGCCCCGUUGACCCCAGAUGGUGCAGUGCAGGCUCAGCAGCAGUUGGCGACGCCGCCCGACGCUUCGCUGGGACUCCCAGACCUGCCGAGUACCAAGGGGCUCUGCACACUGCCCGACGAUGAACUGCUGCAAGUGUUCGGCUUCUUGACGCGCGAGCAGCUGCUGAAGUGCCGCACAGUUUGCCGCAGGUUCAGGCAGCUCACCCUCCACCCUGCCCUCUGGCGUAGGAUGAACCUGUUGAACCCCAGCUGGAGUGCUUUGGGCGCUGCGACGCUGCGCGUGGCCCCCUGCCUGAGGAGGCUCACUGUAAGCAACCUGGACGAACUCGUUCUGCUCGGCACUCUACUCGCCGCCUCCAGCUGCGCCGUCUCCGAGCUGCACGUGGUCCUGGACGUGGUGGACGCGGUGCUCGUCGCCGUGGUGCUGGCCAGGCAAGCUACUCUGGGUCGAUUGAAAGAAGUAAAGUUGACAGUGACAUCGACUAACGUAGAUGCGAAGUCUUUCCUGCCCCGACUAAGACAGCUGCUGCGUCAACUUCUUUCUACUCCAGGCUUGGAGUCGAUCGAGCUGGAUUUGGAUGUGAAGACUGCUGCUCUUUUGGAAACUCUAGCCCUCAAUGCAGUCAAGCGUGCGGUGCCGGUGCCUUCAAGCCUCCGACGCCUGCAGUACUUCUCGGCGUGCAAAGACCCCUACCUACCCUUGUUCCUUGAGUGGCAUGCAGCUACCCUUGAGGUGGUGAAACUCCGCUGCGGCCACCCGCGCGCCGCGCCCAUGCUGGCCGCCAUGCCCCGCCUCAGAGAGCUGCAGUGUCCCGUGCUGAAGGACAUGCCGGCCCUCUUGGCGUGCACGGAGUUGCGGUCGCUGCGCCUCUCAAUCUCCAAGGACGAAUCGCCGCGGCACCUCUUCCCCGGUGUGGCGGAGUACCUCCGUUCGGCCGUCGCCACCAUCGAAGACUUGGUCCUCGACUACUUCCAGGACGAAGGCCGCGCCCAGGCGGUGGACCUGGUGCUGAGCCUGGCCGGCCAGCGACGCACAACGCCAGCGCUCAAGAGCCUGCGGUUUGUGUUCAGAAACGACAUGGAGCAGCUCAUCUUCACGGAGCCGCAACCGCAGCUGCGCCCUCUAGCCGCCGUGGUGCACCGCCUCAAGCACCUCGUGAGUCUCAACAUCGGCCAGUUCUCGGACGAACUCUUAGACGCGCUGGACGGAGAGUUCGUCCCCAAUUUGGAGCGCCUGGAAGUGAGCUACCGGGAUGAGUGCCCUCACGAGUGGAUCCACGAAGAGCAUGUUAAAGAGCUGAUGCAGCGGUGCCCGCGCCUGCACAUCUUGGCAGUCGUACCUGAGGGCUGCUGCAUCGAAGGCUGCACGUUUUGCACCGAGAACAAGUGCCACGAGGACCUCGACCUCGCAGGCGACUUCACCCUGUUCAGCCACCCCAAAGAAGCAAGCUGCGGCGUGGAGCACGAUGACAUCGAAAUACUCAUCAGUUAAUGCGUCUGCAUGUCCACUCUUCCAUCUCGCUAGACCUCAAAACAAAAUUUAUUAAAGUAAAAAAAAAUUAUCAGAGACGUGUGAAUUUUCUGGUGAAUUUUUUGUCAAGUUGAUUUUUAUAAUGUUAGGUUCACUUUAUAAGCUAGCUUACUUAGGUUUAAUUGCCCUGUAGUAUCUACGAAAUUAGAGUUAACAAGGUGAUUUUAUCUGAGAAGCAAUAUAAUUUUUGUAAGCUUUGAUGUUUUUCUUCUGGAAAUUAAUCCUAAUGAAAGUUUACUAGUUUCAAUAAAGCUGUAUAAUCCUUUAUGAAAUUUC